ACAGGGAUCUCAUGGGGACCGAUAAAAUCCCCAGCACCAUUUCUGAAGAGCGAACUUUGAUAUGAAAAAGCGUCAGAAAUGACGAAUCCCAUCUCUUUCCGUUUCCGACGAGGGGCGUUCAGCGCGUUCGGAGCCGUGUUCACGUUUCAGCUCCUGGCGACGGCACUGGCAGGCCCGAUAGCCUUGCCUGGUUGCCCGGAAAGCUGUGGAGGAGUACGUGUGCCGUACCCCUUCGGCAUCGGCCACGGCUGCUUCCACGAGGGCUUCAACCUCACCUGCGACGGGACGCAGCUGCUCUUGGGCGACUUCGUGGAGGUGCUCGACAUUUCCUUGCCGGACGGCACGGUACGCAUCCAGAGCGGCGUCCUGCAGUCAUCAGACUCUCACGGGUUGAACGGCUCGUGGUCCGUCCCAGCGGCUACGGGGCCCUUGAAGUUGUCAAGCGCGCGCAACUCCUUCGUGGCCUUCGGGUGCAACAUGGUGGCGCAGCUCAUCCCCCACAGCACGCUCGGGCCGCUCACCUACGCCAGCGUCUGCGCAACAGUGUGCCCGGAGACGCGCACCAUCUCCUCGUGCUCGGGCGUUGGCUGCUGCCGCACGUCCAUCUCGCCAGACGAGGGGGACCUACCUUCGUACGGUAUCCAGGUUAAACAUCAGGUCGGCCAAACAGAUUAUUUGAGUGGAAUUCCCACAGUUGUGUUCAUAGUUGAUCAGGAUUGGUUCAGCAGAAACGAGGGUGAGAUAAUGAGCAACUUCAACCAGUUCCGCCUCGUGGUCCCGAGUGUUCCAGCGGUGUUGGAGUGGUCGUUGGAUCUAAUCGGCGACGAGGCCUUGUUUAGGCUGUUCUCAACAGGGCCCAAGUCUUCUGACUUCAGAUGCCUAAGCCUAAACAGUUUCUCCUAUUAUAUCUAUGAAAACUAUGAUAAAAGACGGUGCAACUGUUAUCAAGGAUACGAGGGCAAUCCCUACAUCAGUGAUGGAUGCCAAGAUAUCGAUGAGUGCCAACAGCCAGAUCUUUACCCAUGUCAUGGAACCUGCAUCAAUUUGCCAGGGACAUACCGAUGCUCAUCAAAGAAAAGUAGCCUGCCAGGCUUAAUUACAAUAAUAGCAAUGAGUGCUGGUUUUGGCCUACUGUUUUCACUUCUGGGUAUUGCCAAAAUUGCCAAUAAACUCAAGCGACGAAGGGUAAGGAAGCUGAGACAAAAGUUUUUCAAGAUAAACCAUGGAUUGCUUCUCCAACAGUUAAUCUCUUCAAACAAAGAUGUAGCAGAAAGGGUGAAGAUUUUCAGCUUAGAAGAACUAGAGCAAGCAACCAACAAAUUUGACCAGAAUCGCAUCCUUGGUGGCGGAGGCCAUGGCACAGUCUACAAAGGCAUCUUAGCUGAUCAACGCAUUGUGGCCAUCAAGAAAUCUAAAAUUGUAGUUCAGAGGGAAAUCGAUCAGUUCAUAAAUGAGGUUGUCAUACUUUCACAAACUAACCACAGAAAUGUGGUGAAGCUCUUCGGUUGUUGCCUCGAGACAGAAGUUCCUUUACUAGUUUACGAGUUUAUAUCAAAUGGAACCCUAUCAUAUCAUCUUCAUGGACAAAGUGAAAACCCUUUGCCUUGGAAAGAUAGACUGAGGAUUGCACUGGAAACUGCAAGGGCAAUAGCAUAUCUACACUGUGCAGCUUCCAUAUCAGUGUUCCAUAGAGAUAUCAAAUCUGCAAAUAUAUUACUUACUGAUACUUUAACAGCAAAAGUAUCAGAUUUUGGAGCUUCAAGAUCAAUUUCAAUAGAUGAGACAGGAAUACUUACAGCUAUCCAAGGAACUCAUGGUUAUCUAGAUCCUGAAUACUACUACACUAGUCGACUCACAGAAAAGAGCGAUGUUUACAGCUUUGGUGUUAUCUUAGCAGAACUACUGGCAAGGGUUACACCGGUUUUCUCAUCUCACUCAUCAGAAGUCACAAGCUUAGCAUCACGCUUCGUGUCCCUGAUAAGAGACAGUCGCUUGUCAGAUAUUUUAGAUCAACAAAUUAUUGAAGAGGGAGGAGCUGAAGAUGCUAAGGUGGUUGCAAGGCUUGCAGAAACAUGCUUGAGAUUAAAAGGUGAAGAAAGGCCUACAAUGAGGCAAGUAGAGACAACACUUGAAGCUGUGCAAGGCUCAAAGGCCAAUUCUCGGAUUACUAGAGCAAGUCAAAAUGCCCCAAAUGAUCAGUCGUACACGGGAAGCAAAGGUGGUGAAGGAACUAGAAUAUACAGCUUGGAGAAAGAGUUCAUUCAAUCAUCUGAAAUUCCAAGAUGAUUCUGCUUGUGUGCAUUGUGCACUUUCUGUGAUGGAAAAUCUUGCACUGAAAAUUUUGGCAGUGCAAUUGGAUGAACACAAUGACAAUUUGGCAAUCCACUCUAGGGCAUUGUCAUCUUGGCAAGCGCAGAAAGUGAAGCGACUGCUUCCCCA